UGCACCAACACUUCCAGCUGACCUAAUCGCCGUAAGGAGCACUGCUUUAGCUAAUACAUAAAUAAGAUAAAGAACAAUCCGCUGUGGAUCCAAAGGGUGAUCACAUAAAUCUAGGUAAGCAUGAAACCGGAUCUCUUAGAGGAUACAUGUUGGAUAACCCUCCAUAAACCUUUGAACAGUAGCAUGUGCAAACUGCUGUGCCAUUGACCAAAACACGGCAAGCUGAAAUAGCAGCCAGAUGAACUUUUACAGAAGAAUUAGACAAUCCUGCAGACUUUAAAUAUAUUAAAUAUUCCAAAAUACAGGCUAUGGAAGCUGCCCUUGGAGAGUUAGAUUUUUAGAAUUAGCAGAACAUUCUGCACAAAGGAAGAACAUGACUGCAAGUCUGCUCAAAGUCAGAUGACCCAAGCUAUCUGAUGAAGCCACGGCAGAUCUGGAUGAAGAACCCUGCUUUGUUGCUGCGACAAAAUAUCUGGAGAGACAAAGUGUGGGAGGUGAUAUCUUUUACUGGACCAACUGCUGUUGGGAAAGAGACACGCUUUCGAGCUACACAGAGGAACACGCGUGUCCCAUCCAUUGGACAGCUGAAGCCGGUCUGCGUACCACGGCUGUCUCGGCCAAGUUGGAACAAUCGAUAUAAUUUUAGCCUUGUCCUGACAAAUCUUCUUUACUACUUACUGAAUCAAUGGAAACGAGGGGGCAAGCCUGCAGCAGGUCUUUUCCUCAUUGUAGAAGGAGCGUCUACAUUAACGGUCCCUCCCAGCUCUCGAACAGAAAAGGAGACACUUUUUGUUGAUUUCCAUUGCAAACAGGUUUACACGGGGUUGACCCCACUGGGAAUAGCUGCCUUGAACUACCCGAUCCUUCAGAGACCACUCAUGAAUUUGAGAAUUGUCCCCGCUGAAAUGAUCUGCCAGCACAUGGGUUUCCCCUGCUAAAUGCAGGAUCCACUGGACAGAUCCCAUGAAGAAUGCGCCAAUCCCAUAACUUGCCCUCUUUAGCACAUAACUGGAGCGAGUGAGCUCCACCUUGUUUGCUCACGUGAUGAGAGCAGUUGAAUUGUCCAUUACCACCUUCCCUUGUACGUGUCAGAGAAACGCUCUGAGACCCAAACAAGUGGCCCUUCAUUCCAACACAUUGUUGUGCAUUUUCUUGCAAAGUUGUGACCCUAGAUUAUACACUGAACAAAAUGGGCUUCCGUCCAGGGUAGGAAGUGUUCUACAUUAUCAUCACCAAUGGCAAAGGCGGAUUGAACAGAACACUCCUGAGAACACUUGACCUGUUCAUCCACCAUCUCAGGGAACCCAGAACAUCCGGAGUCAUGGUGACGUACAUAUGAGGGCUGUCCUCAUUGGGCGUGUAAACUCCAGACAUCCAGUGCUGUGUGGGCUGCAUUUGUGAAAUCACUUCUAGUUUUAACUUGUCCGCUGGAUGAGUUCUAUUGCCAGCUCUGAGAGGAGAGCAUGAAGAAGGGGGUGCUGAAUACUGGUCACUUACCCAGCAGGGUGUGGAAGGAAAGGGCAGUUUGCAAUAGGGGCCAAUGUCACUGGCCUGACACCAUGGCCAGUUUCACUAGCUCGGCCGGCUGGCUCAGGAAAGGGUUACAGCCCCAGAGCAGGACCAGUGGUGUUUGCCAAGCCGAGUAGGAGAGGCCCGGCGAAGAGGGACAUAUGGCCAGCCUGGGGAAAUAUGGAGUCACGCCCAGGAUGUAACUCCAAUUGCUGGGCAUAGGAGCAGCAGCUGUUAGUCCCUGGAACCAUAUGGAAGAGGAAGGACUGUCAGUGGUGGGGGUGGGGCUGGCAAGCUAGAAAUGGGGAAGUCUCGUCUAGAGAUCAGUGCAGGCAGCACAAUAGAAGGGUUCAGGGCUCAGGACUCCUGGGUUCCGUGAAGGAGAAGCCUGUGUCCUGCUGGAACUGCAUUUUAGGGUGGCAGGAAGGACCCACCCCAGCUGGAAUUCACCCAGGGACGUGGACGGUUCGCACCCAAGCGCUGGAUAGGCGAUCAAAGGUGUUUCCCUACCUGUAAGCUCAUUGGACGCUGGGAUUUCAUGCAGACACACUAACACACCACCAGGCAGUGCCCUUCCUCAACAGAGCCUGUAUAAAUACCCCCACGACGUGGCACUGGGUUCAGUUACCGACGGGACGAGGUUCGACGUGAACAGAAAGAUCAUAUGUCCCUGUCUCCGGCUCGCUCAACAUGGCUCUUUUGACCCGUGACCAACAAAGUAUGAUCGCCAGGGGGAUGAAGUCUCUGGUGUCUCUGGCCAACAAUCUGAGUGUUUCCAAUAAAACCCCAGAUGUUCACAAGGAGAUAAGGGAAGAUGCCCACCAUGCAUGUGAGGAAAUUACAGAGGUGGUGGAGCAGCUGGAAAAACAGCUGCUUGCCAUCGAUGACCAGACCGUGGACCUGAUUGACAAAAAAUCACAGCUGAACAAUGAAUUGAAUGAAAGAAAAUUAAGCCAGGAUCUAUUACAAAUCCAGCUGAAAUACAGUGAGAAAACCAAUGCCUGUGCCCAAGAAAUGCAGAGGACAGCAGAGAAGCACCUGGGGGAGCUCAAGGAGAUGCAGAAGAAGGUGAGACAAGAGGAGAAGUGGCAUAAAAUUGCAAGAAAUAUCGCCCUGUUGUUCAUGCCUCUUUCCACUCUCAUGGCUGGGAUUGUGGCUGCCAUUUUCCAGACCUCUCUGUCCAUGGCUCAGAGAACAGCCCAGGAGCUGCAAGGAGCUAUCGCCCUCUAUGAAACCAAAGUCUCGGAAUACAAACAAAAUACCUGCAAAUGCACCAUUGAGAAAGAAGAAAUUGAGGUGAAGAUUGAGGCCAAUAAGAAGAGAAUUGACGAGAUCAAUCAGGAACAUUCAGCAUCACCAAGGAAGGACGAUCAGAAGCGUGUGAGGAAACAUGUCGACUUCCUGGGUCGGCUGGCCGAGGAGGUCAAGAUAGUCAAGUCAAAGGUGCAGCAUGACUCUGACUAUGAAAUUGCCUGGGAACCUCUGGAAACGAUUGCAGAGAUGUGGCAGGACAAAGACGGCCAAGAGGUGUUGAACUUUCUGGAUCAAGAGGAAAUAAGUGCCCUUGUCUGGAAACUAAAGGACUUCACUGAGAAAAGGGCUGGCAAUGAGGCCUAGACGAAGGAUUUUUAGACCUGAGCUGGGCCCAGUGCAGAGGAGAAUGUGAUGUGUUAGUGGGUCUGAUUCUGAUCCCACUUACACCGGGUUUACAAUUUGGCCACAGAGAUCAGAAUCCAGCCCUGACUCCAUUAACUUCAGUGCGGUCACUCUGGAUUUACACUGGGAUACCAGAUCAGAAUUAAGUUCCAACCUCAGUGACUCCAGAUUUAUCCUAGGGUAAACUGGAAAACAGAUAUGUAAUGGAAGGGUGUCUCAUCUGGUCAGAGUGUGGCCCAGUAAAAUCACAUAAUAUGUCACAACCUUUGCAUCUGGCUCAGGAAAUGCUAAACAUACUUACAAAAUAUUGGGUGAAUCUGGGCUCCAGGGAAGUCAAUGAGUUUUUCCCAUGUUUGCAGUGGGAGAAGAUUUCAGACAUCAUGCGCACUAUGUCUUUGCCGGAGAUUUGGUUAAGGUCAACAGAACUGCAGCUGAAGCACUCUCAGCUUUUAUUGUGGGACAGGGACAUAUGAAUCUUUAACUAAGAAAGCUUUUCUCUGAGGUGUUAGUCGGCAUUUGAGUUAAAUAU